AUGGCAGUAUGUAAUGCAGACUACGAGUUUCUGCUUGUGGAUGUUGGUGAUGCAGGAUGGCAAAGUGAUGGGAGUGUUUACACAAACAGCCAUCUUGGUUAUGCUAUUGACAAUAACCUCUUAAAUAUUCCCAACCCAGAGAAGAUUGAAAAUUCAGAUGAGAUAUUUCCCUAUGUAUUUCUGGCAGAUGAUGCAUUUGGAUUGAAAACCUACCUAAUGAAGCCUUACCCCGGUCAAAAUAUACCAGAAGACCAAAGAAUUUUCAACUAUCGACUCUCUCGAGGUAGAAGGAUAAUAGAAAAUACAUUCGGUAUUGCAGCCUCAAGAUUUCGAGUUCUGAGAAAGCCAAUCAUUGCUAGAGUUGACACUGUUAUACAAAUUACAAAGGCUGUAGUUGGACUGUACAAUUUCUUAAUGCGGAACAGAUUACCAGGCGACAGCCAUAGUUAUUGUCCAUUUAACUAUGUUGAUCAAGAAAGUGUAAAUGGUGUUAAGGCUGGCUGGUCAGUGGAGAAAUGA